AUGUGGGGUCCCGAAGUCAUUACCUGGGUCGUAUUAUUCCCGUACUUCGUGCAGGAAGCCCCUGAGAGGAUGUCCUGUUACUGGAACCUCCCCGCAUCCAAAGCCACGAAUUUGGUAUCUGAUAUUGUUCGACAGGCCAAUCUAGACAUCCCAUCAGCCUAUCAGCCUCACUACCCUCUUCCAGAGAAAGUUGAGCGUGCUGAGGACGGCAGAGCUGACGGCUAUCUGAGGGCCGGGGAACCUCCCACGCGGAUUGACAAGGGGGUUUCGUCCCGGGUUAUGGGUGAUGCCUUGGGCCAAACCGGCGCCUUCGCGACCGCUGGGUCGGUCGGAUUUCCCGAGGCGUACCGAGACAGCACCCACGAAUCGCGAUCAUGCUCAUUCCAGCGCAUCAAGCGCAUCAAUUACAGGGGGGGAGCCUCGCCUUCAGCUGGCCCGCAUACGCUGAUCCGUACUGAAUAUGAUUUGAGCCACUCUGGGCACCAUCACACGCCCGUUCACUGCAACCACCCCAGCCUACAGAUAAAGGGGACAAAUCAUUUCCAGAACCUGGGCAACCCCCAAGUCCCGCAAUGCUGGGCAUGAGAACCCUGGACAAGGCUGGGUACUCCGAAUUUAUUGGAUGGAAAAGAUGUGCGGCGGAAGGACAACAUUGGGCGGGCUAGGAGUCUCAAACAAGCUGGGGUUGAGGGACGUGUGAAUGGCCAAGGACGGGUUGUCUGGGUCGGCUGCAAUCCGCGGUCUACCAGAACAAACCCUCUUUCUCCCUGUCACGAAGUAAUUUGAGUCGCCAAGGAUUCACUUUAACCAUAAGGGUGAUCCAAUGUAUGGGGU